AUGAGCAAGAAAACCUUACAUGAGCAAGGAAACCUUGACUUCCGCGAUUCAACAAUUUGUAAGCCUUCAACCAUUGCCGCUGUGAACUCACAAACCCGGGAAGAGGUUGCCAUUAAAAAAAUUGGCAGUGCUUUUGAUAAUAGAAUUGAUGCCAAAAGAACCUUAAGAGAAAUAAAGCUUCUACGACACAUGGAUCAUGAAAAUAUUAUUGCCAUCAAGGACAUCAUCCGCCCUCCCCUAAGGGAAAACUUCAAUGAUGUAUAUAUUGUUUAUGAACUGAUGGAUACUGACCUUCAGCAGAUAAUUCGUUCUAAUCAGCAAUUGACAGAUGAUCAUUGCCAGUAUUUUCUUUAUCAGAUUUUACGAGGAUUAAAAUAUGUUCAUUCUGCACAUGUUUUACACCGUGACCUCAAGCCAAGCAAUUUGCUGCUAAAUGCGAACUGUGAUCUUAAGAUAGGAGAUUUUGGCCUUGCCAGGACGACAUCAGAAACCGAUUUCAUGACGGAGUAUGUUGUUACUCGUUGGUAUCGAGCACCUGAACUUCUAUUAAAUUGUUCAGAGUAUACUGCUGCUAUUGAUAUUUGGUCAGUGGGGUGCAUACUUGGUGAGAUUGUAACUCGAGAACCUCUAUUUCCAGGCAGAGACUAUGUUCAUCAAUUAAGGUUGAUCACAGAGCUUAUAGGCUCCCCAGAUGACACAAGCCUGGGUUUUCUCCGAAGCGAUAACGCCAGGAGAUACGUAAAGCAGCUCCCUCGGUAUCCAAGGCAAAGAUUCAGUGCCAGAUUCCCAAAUACGUCCUAUGGCGCUGUCGAUUUACUGGAGAAAAUGCUCGUUUUUGAUCCGAGCCAGAGAAUUACAGUUGAUGAUGCCCUACGCCACCCAUAUCUGGCAUCUCUCCAUGAAAUAAAUGAAGAGCCAGUGUGCCCUACCCCUUUCAACUUCGAUUUUGAGCACCCAUCACUCACAGAGGAGGACAUCAAGGAGCUUAUCUGGAUGGAAUCAUUUAAUUUCAAUCCUGACCUAAUGCGGUAGAAUUUCGCUUGAUCUAUUGAGGGUAAAGGGUUCAGUAUUUUUUGUUCUGGGGCUGGAAUUGUGAUAUCAUUAGCCUUCUAGACUGAAUGGAAACAAGUUCUACAAACGAUUUUAUCUUUCUGAGAAGAGUAUUUUCUGUUUCUUUCUACCUCUAUCAUCAUAUAUUUUUUUUCUGGGUGAAGCCAAGAGAGAUUUGCUGCACCCUCUGAUUUGGAGAAUAGGAAGGAUAAACUUGUAGCACUGCGUAGUAUAUGGGUAGCACCUGUUCCUGUAAUGUUUGUGAGCUGCUUUGUUUAUGGAAACUAGACAAUUUAAUUUCUGUAAUAAAAUGUGCAAGGAUAUUGUGCUGUAAUUUCAUCUCUUUUUUCUGAUUUUAUGAUCAUGCAUGACAAAUAUUUAGAUUUGCUCCA